UGAAGGAGGGUCUGUUUUUGGGACAUAGUAUUUUUCGUUUCUUAGGAUAAAUGCCUGAGUAGACUGUGGAAGAUAGGGAUUAAUUGGCUUAUGGUAUGUAGACUAGGAUAAUAUGCAAGUUAAGAACAACUGAAGUGGGGUUCUCUUCUUUGGUUCAUUUAGCUUCACACAGUUGAAAUGGCGAAGUUUUUAGCUAAUUCUUUCAGUGGGUUAACUUUUGAGUUCGUAAAGCAGAGAAGAGAAUACAAAUCACAGAAAUUGAAUUCAGGAUAUUGUCGAUGUGUGCGUACUGAAAAUAAACGACGGGCUGUGGUUAGGAAUGGCGAGGAUGCAUUAGAUGUGUGUCGGGUUGUAAAUGGAAUGUGGCAAACCAGCGGGGGAUGGGGUCAAAUAAAUCGAGAUACUGCAGUUGAUGCAAUGAUUAAAUAUGCUGAUUCUGGACUUGACACUUUUGAUAUGGCUGAUAUAUAUGGACCUGCUGAAGAUUUGUAUGGCAUCUUCAUCAAUCGAAUUCGUAGGGAGCGUCCUGAACUCCUAGAGAGCGUAAGAGGGCUUACAAAAUGGGUGCCACCACCGGUGAAGAUGACAAGUAGUUAUGUCCGGGAUAGCAUUAAUAUCUCACGCAAGAGAAUGGAUGUGUCUUCUUUGGAUAUGCUUCAGUUUCACUGGUGGGAUUAUUCGAACCCUGGCUAUCUUGAUGCUCUCAAACAUCUGACUGAUUUGAAAGAGGAGGGUAAGAUCAAGACGGUUGCUUUGACAAAUUUUGACACGGAAAGGUUACAAAUUAUUUUGGAAAAUGAUAUACCUGUUGUGAGUAAUCAGGUUCAGCACUCUAUUGUUGAUAUGAGGCCUCAACAGAAGAUGGCAGAGCUUUGCAAGCUCACAGGAGUCAAACUUAUAACGUAUGGAACUGUAAUGGGUGGCUUGUUAUCUGAAAAAUUCCUCGACACCAACUUAAUGAUUCCUUUUGCUGGCCCUCCAUUAAAUACUCCCUCUCUGCAAAAGUACAAAAGGAUGGUUGAUGCGUGGGGAGGAUGGAGUUUGUUUCAAGUUCUGCUACAGACACUUAAAAGAGUUGCUUCUAAGCACGGGGUCUCAAUUCCAGCCGUCGCUGUCAAAUACAUACUUGAUCAGCCAGCUGUGGCGGGAUCGAUGAUAGGUGUUCGGCUUGGAUUGUCAGAGCAUUUGCAAGACACAAAUGCCAUCUUUUCUCUUGUUCUUGACGAGGAGGAUGUAAACAGCAUCCAGGAAGUAUCCAAAAAAGGUAAGGAUCUUCUUAGAAUUAUUGGGGACUGUGGGGAUGAAUAUAGACGUGCAUAACUUAGCAGUUGUGUUCUUAUCUGUUUAUGAUAUGAAAUAUUUCUUAACAUUUGGUCGACUUGUAAAAUUAUAAUGUCACACAAUAAUCAAUAUAUGGAAAAUAUUAAACUUAUCUAACUAGUGGCAGUUUUGUAGCUCUUAAUAGAAUGAUUUUAGAAUA